UUUUCAAGGAAGGAACGACGGCACCUGACUCCAAUGAUGGAAAAGUAUGAAAAGUUGUCCAAGAUUGGAGAAGGCUCGUACGGCGUAGUUUUUAAGUGUCGAAAUAGAGAAAAUGGCCAAAUAGUUGCUGUAAAGAAAUACAUGGAAACCGAAGAUGAUCCACUGAUCAAAAAGAUUGCACUGCGAGAAAUCAGAAUGCUUAAACAACUGAAGCAUCCGAAUCUAGUUAAUUUAAUCGAAGUCUUCCGGCGGAAACGCAAGUUGCAUUUGGUGUUCGAAUACUGCGAGCAUACGGUAUUGGAUAUUCUUGAGAAGCAUCCGAAAGGGGUUCCAGACAUGUUAACCAAAAGAAUAAUCUGGCAAACACUGCAGUCUGUCAAUUUCUGCCAUGAACAUAAUUGCAUUCACAGAGAUGUAAAGCCAGAAAAUAUUUUGAUUACUAAAGACGGGAUUGUGAAGCUAUGUGACUUCGGUUUCGCUAGAACGCUAAGUCCUGGGGAUAACUAUACGGACUACGUUGCGACGCGAUGGUACAGGGCACCAGAGCUUCUGGUUGGAGAGACUCAAUACGGUCCUGCUGUGGACGUGUGGGCGAUUGGGUGUGUCACUGGCGAGCUUAUGAGAGGAGAAGCACUCUGGCCCGGAAAGUCGGACGUAGACCAGCUGUAUCUCAUUCGAAAAACUCUUGGCGACUUAAUUCCCAGGCAUAUGCAAGUGUUUCGUGCUAAUGAUUUUUUUGCUGGAGUAACAAUACCUGAGCCAGAUGUUCGGGAGAGCUUAGACAGCAAAAUUCCAAAACAUGUCCAUGAACAUGGAGUUGAUUUUAUAAAGAGGUGCCUGGACAAAGAUCCACAGAAGCGGUACACAUGUGGUCAACUUUUAAAGCAUCCUUAUUUCGACAAUUUUAAAAUCCCCGAAUUAGAUACCAUAGAUGAUCCUCAAAGAUACAAAAGAGAAAAAUCAAAGUAUGGACAGUAUCAGUCUCUGUUGCUACCACAGCUACCGAAUCAAGCCAACUAUUUAUCUUCACCCGAGUGUAAAAACUAUCCCAUAUCUCGAUCGACAAAUCGAUUCGACCAUUUGCCAAAUAUCUGACGGUUCAUCCCUUCAAUAAAUCCCUACUACUUUAAAUGAAAAUUCAGACUAUUAUAAAGUAUGUCUCCAUUCCACCCGACCAGUUCUUCACCAAGUGUUCGUACAAAUAUGUCUUUGAAUU